AAACCUCCACGUUUCUUUCAUCUGCCGGUUCGAUCACUCAUACUCCUCCACCUAUACAUACACCUUCACACAUAUACAUACACGCUUUACCUUCUCAAACCUUCCUUCUUCUUCACAAACCCUAUCUAUUCAAUCGUCGUCAUGAUCGCCAUCACUUUCUCUCACCUUAUUACUUAAAAUUCUAUAUUCAAUCGUCUCCGUUUCAUCUUCUGCAGGUUAAGGACAUGAACCUCGAAAGCUGAGUAAAUUACUUAAUUUUUAGCACCUUUUAAGGUUAAAUUCCCAUGGGAGGAGCUUGUUCUAGGAAGCGGGACCCACAAUCCGACGAGGAGAAUGCACACAGAGUAAUUACUAGAAGGUAUUCGAAGAGCGGAAGCUCGAAAUGGCUGGGGACGUCAUUCUCUCGAGCAAGUGUAGAUAAUAAAGAAGGACUCGCGUUAUGCCCGUCUCUCAUGGAAUUAUGUAUCCAUAAAAUAUCUGAAGAAAUUGAUCAGUAUGGGACCUUUUCAACGCUUCCAAGAGAUAUUAGUCAGCAAAUUUUUAACGAAUUAGUUGAUUCUCAACGCCUUACUGAAGCAUAUCUUGAAGCUUUUCAUGACUGUGAUCUGCAGGAUAUAAAUUUAGGCGAAUAUCCCGGUGUUGAUGAUGCAUGGAUGGAUGUUAUUUGUUCUCAGGGGUCAUCCUUACUCUCUGCAGAUAUUUCUGGUUCAGAUGUUACAGAUUCUGGUUUAUUUAGUAUCAAAGACUGCACAAACAUCGAGGCCUUAAAUUUGAAUUUCUGUGAAAAGAUAUCAGAUGUUGGGCUCGGCUGCAUUAGUGGUUUUUCAAACUUGACGAAUUUGAGUUUCAAGAGGAACAACAAUAUUACCGCUAAAGGAAUGAGUUCGCUUUCGGGUUUGGUCAAUUUGUCAAAGCUGGACUUGGAAAGAUGUACAGGGAUACACGGUGGUCUUGUUCAUUUAAGAGGCUUAAAAAAACUCGAAUCACUUAAUCUUAACUGCUGUAAUUGCAUUACCGAUGCGGAUAUGAAGCCUCUGUCAGAGCUUACAAACUUGAAAGAAUUACAAAUUUCGUGCAGCAAGGUGACAGAUCAUGGUGUCACAUUCUUGAAAGGCUUGCACAAGCUUUCAUUGCUGAAUAUGGAACGCUGCCCUAUAACUGCAGCAUGCUUGGAUUCACUUUCAGAUCUUGUUGCUCUGCUUUAUCUGAAUGUAAGCAGAUCUAGUUUCACUGAUGACGGUUGUGAAAAAUUUUCAAAGCUCAAGUCUUUGAAGGUGCUUAAUUUGGGAUUCAAUGAUAUAUCAGAUGCUGUUUUGUCUCACUUGAAAGUUUUAAAAGAUUUGGAGAGCUUGAAUCUUGACUCAUGUAGAAUUGGAGAUGAAGGAUUGGUUCAUUUAGCAGGUCUUAGUCGUUUAAAGUGUUUGGAGUUAUCUGAUACAGAAGUUGGAAACAACGGGCUUCGUCAUAUAUCUGGUUUGGUGAAUCUGGAAAGCUUGAAUCUUUCAUUCACUGUAAUUACAGAUGGCGGUUUAAGAAACUUGGCUAAACUAGCGUGUCUUAAAUCACUUAAUUUGGAUGUUCGUCAAAUCACAGAUGCUGGUCUUGCAGCUCUAGCAGGUUUGACCGGGUUGACCCAUCUGGAUCUAUUCUGUGCAAAAAUAACAGAUGCUGGAACGAAAUACUUGCGCAAUUUUAAAAACUUAAAAUCGCUCGAAAUUUGUGGUGGGGGAUUAACUGAUGCUGGUGUGAAGAACAUUAAAGAUCUUCAAUCUCUGAUGCUUUUGAAUCUUUCACAGAACCACCAUCUCACUGAUAAAUCUCUAGAAUUUAUUUCUGAAUUGUCACAACUGGUGUCUUUAAACGUUUCGAGUUCUCGGGUAACUAGUGGAGGAUUACAGCAUUUAACAAAACUGAAGAAGUUGAAAUCACUCAGUUUGGAAUCAACUAAAGUGACUGCAAAUGAUAUAAAGAAGCUUCAUGAAGCUCAUCUCCCAGAUUUGGUGACGUUCCGGCCCGAGUAGAAGACGGGUUUCCGGUGAAUGAAUGAUUUGUUGAAGUGUAAAUAAUGUUCGUGUUAUGGGUUUGAAUGCAUGAUGAGAUGGUUGGUGAAUGUGAAUGUGAAGUUUCUUCUUGCUAUGAAAUGGUGGAAGUUGUAAUGUAAAUAAAAGGCAUCCAGGCCUACAUCUCUUCAAUGUUACUUUGAAUUAAAAUCUGCUAUUCAAGACAAUUUUGAUGGACCAUAA